UUCUUGAACUGAGGAAGGGGUGUCAGUAAAGCAAAAAAAAUGUCCCAUCUCACAAAGAAAAGGAAGUUAGAUAAAAGUAUUCAGGAUAACUUAUAUUUCGAUAGUUAUGCUGAUGUGACCAUCCACGAAGAAAUGAUCGCAGACAGUGUGCGCACGAAUACGUACAGAACGGGAAUUUUGCGGAACAGUAGCACCAUUCAGGGAAAAGUCGUUCUGGAUGUUGGCGCAGGAACAGGGGUCCUCAGCAUAUUUUGUGUGCAAGCUGGAGCAAAAAAGGUGUACGCAGUUGAAGCAAGUUCAAUCGCGGAUCAAGCAACUGAAAUAGUCAAACUGAAUGGUAUGGAAGACAGAAUUGAAAUCAUUAAAGGUACGUUGGAGACAAUCGAUCUGCCAGAGCCCGUGGAUGUCAUUGUCAGUGAAUGGAUGGGGUACGCUCUGCUCCAUGAAUCUAUGCUGAACUCUGUGCUUUUUGCGCGCGACAAAUGGUUAAAACCUGGAGGCCUCAUUUUACCCAAUAAGGCAGAACUUUACAUUGCACCAAUAAAUGAUUUGGUGGUGGAGGAUCGGUUAAAUUUCUGGAGUACAGUGAAAGACCAGUACGGUGUGGACAUGUCCUGUAUGUCUGACUUUGCCAGAAAGUGCAUCAUGAACAACGAUAUCACCGUAAACUUAGUGACGGUAGAGGAUGUGCUGUCCCACCCUUCCAAAUUCGCCCAGUUAGAUCUCCACACGGUGACGGAGGAGCAACUGAAACGCGUGCAAGGUAACUUCAGGUGCGAGUGUUUCGGUUCCUCCACUGUGAACGCCCUCUGCGUGUGGUUUACGGUGACUUUCCCGGGAGAAGAGAAACCCCUCGUCCUAUCAACCUCCCCGUUCAACCCGGAGACUCACUGGAAGCAGGCAGUGUUGUAUCUACACGAGCCUGUAGAUGUGAUUCAGGACACGAAGAUCGAAGGAGAGAUAACCAUGUACCCGUCUGAGGAGAGCUCCAGACAUAUAUGCAUCCACGUGGACUACAGUAUAGGAGACCUCAAAAAGAAAUCCAAGACUUUUUCAAUCCCUGACGGCUAUACAGAUGCUCAGUGAAUAGUAUUUUCAAAAGUGUUUUUACUCUAAAUAUCCAUUUAAAUGAUGGAUGGAUGUGUAUUGUAAAACGUUUGACAAUGCAGCAUUGCCCCAUUAAAGAGUUAUUGAACAGCAGAUGAUUUGGUACAUUAUGUUCAUGAGA